AUGAAUAAUUACGUCUAUCAGCCUCUAAUCUACAAAGAUCAAAUUCGGAUUCUCACGCUGAUGCCAGGAUCAGAUAGAGACGCCAUAGAAGGGACCUUGGAUUUCCUACGGCUGCCAUCGAAGGCAGUUCCCAAGAAACGAAGUGCUAGGUUCGCCUGGACGUAUGGUCAUAAUCAAACCGGAAAGGAACGCAUCGUCCAUACCAAUCAACAAGGGGCUCCAACGGUUGUCCAUGUACCCACAUACACCUACUAUUGCAAUAGAAAGGGUCAAACUUCAAGGACGUAUGACGCUCUAUCUUAUGCUUGGGGAGAUCCAGAGCAAGUCGAAGAAAUUCUGGUUGACGGAAAGAAACUUGGCACAGCUCGAAAUCUCCACACGGGUUUGUUGCGGCUUAGACAUCCAAAGGAACGUCGACGGCUUUGGAUUGAUGCCAUUUGUAUAAACCAGAGCGACAACCAUGAGCGAAAUCACCAAGUCAGUAUGAUGCAAAAAGUCUACUCAGCGGCGGCAUCCGUCGUGAUUUGGCUCGGGGACCCUACCGCUGAUGUUGGUCUUACUUUGGAUAUGAUCCUGGACUACAACAAUCCCAAGAAGAAGGGGAACAUAUUCUCCUACAAGCAUGACGCGUUGAGGGGAUUGAGGAAGCUUUUCCAAGAGACCUGGUGGAGGCGUAUCUGGAUAGUACAGGAGGUUGUUGCAGCCCGAGCGCUGGUCAUCGUCCUUGGACGCACUACCUUCCCUUGGUUCUACCUGCGACGAAUCUGUUCGACGAUUAUCCAACUAGAAUUUACCAACCAUGCGCUCGCCCCCCUUUUACGUUCUUGCAGUUUCCAAAAGUUCAGAGACCUUGACUCUUUCAGGGCGGCCGGGGCAAUGCCAGUCAUGCGUCUUCUACGAUCCACUCACGAUUACCAUGCUACCGAUCCUUGUGAUAAGUUAUAUGCACUUCUCGGUAUGACGUCAGAUAUAUCGGCGCAAGAUCUAGCUCCUGAUUAUAACAGACCUGUUUGCAAGGUCUUCCAGGACCUCGUCCAUUUCAUGGCGAUCAGGCGAGGAAACCUUGAUCUCAUCUGCUUGAGACAAUGCCUGGGCCCAUACCAGUUCCAAAGCUGGCUUCCAUCUUGGCAAGCAGAGGCAGGUAUAAAGCUUUUUGGCAGGAAGGUCCGGUCUUAUCACGCAGCUGGGGAUACCCAGGCUGUGGUAGAUAUGUCUCAAUUUCCACGAACGCUUAUCGCCGAGGGCAUCAUAGCUGAUACGGUAGCGAUGCUCGGAGGCUCAGUCACGAUUGCACAUAAGUGCGCGUCGACGAUCCAGCGAUGGCGGCAUCUUGCAACCCAGGCAAAGAAGUGCUCUUACGAUGAUUUCUUGAAAUUGAUUGGCGCUGGUGUAGAUAGCCCAGGAUUUGAGGCGUUCUUAGAACACCCAAGAAGGGCGUACCCAAGAGUGGCUCAAAAACGAUGCCAUGCUAUCACCCGAACGACUAUGGGAAGAUGUUUCUUCACCACCAAAGAUGGACGGCUUGGUUUAUGUCCAGCCAAGGUCCAGAAGGAUGACACAAUUGCGGUUUUGAAGGGUUGUCAUGCCCCAAUAAUCAUCCGUGCUAGACAAGACCACUGGGUGAUCGUUGGGGAAGCAUAUGUUGUCGGCAUGAUGUCUGGUGAAGUUUUAUCCGGGUCUCAGAUCGGCAGCUAUAGGCCGAUAAUGAUUCCAUUGAAGUGA